CUGCUCUCACUUCCUUCUCUCAUGGUCUUGUGGAACUCCGUCCAACAAUCCACGAUGAAACCGUCGACCGCUGACGCUACCUCCGGAGUCCUCGUCCACGUCCUCGUCGUCGCUGGAUCGACAGUAUGAGAUGAACAACCGAUGUGUCAAGUUCAAGACGAAGCCUUUGGAGCACUUGGAGCUGAUAGAACGGAUGUACUCCGGCACUGCUGCGACGGGAAAACAUGCAUGGACUCCAACUGAACUCCGCGAUGAUGAUGCUGCCGUAGCCAAUGUUGACGAUGACAGUGGCAUAGGACCUCUCAGUGCUAGCAUACCACCACAUUUGGGCCAUGAUACUGUCAAGGAGAACGUGGUGGAUAGUUCGUUGUUCAACGAUACUCCCCCAUAUUCAGCCGUUGACAGAUUAGCCAAUGCAAAAUGUCGCAAACGGCCAACCCCUAGUAUUGUCGCAAGUAGCAUGGACAACCUUGUAGAGGCAAUCAGUAAACAAAGAGGGGAACUGAAAAUUACGCAACAUGUUCCCACAGGGAUAUGUGAGAAUACUGUGGGGAACUGUCUUGUGAGACUAAUGAACACACCUAGAUUGGAGCCCAGUGGUCAGUUGUUCUCAUUCACAUGCAACAUAAUGGAUUCACCCGAUAAUCACGACCUCAUGAUGGCCCUCCUCCUAGAUUACAUUAUUGCGUGGUUGAAAGAGAAACGUGCUUGCACGCCGCAGAAUGUGGGCAGAGAGCGUCAGCGAGACGUACGUCUGUUCGGGAGUGAUGGUGUGGUUAAUAUGGAUUAAUCUUCUGCCUUGUCAUUGUAUUUUACUACUGAUAUGCUAUUGUAGUUGAACUGUUGUGGACUUUUAUGCUCUAGACCUUUUUUUUUUUCAUUUUGUUAUUUUCGAAAUUUUUUUUAAGAAGGAUAUGUUUGACAACAAUGUAGUUGUUAAAUUUGUUCGGAGUUUAUUCUGCUUUAGUUUGCC